AUGAUAGGAGCCAGAUUUUCCAGAGUUCGGCCCUCCAGGCAGGCAUUACCUGGAGAUGCUGGCCAUCUACGCCAUGUAACACAGGUGAAUCGCAAUCACAAUUGGUCCCGCCGUGUCUCCGAGGAUGUUGCCCGCGACGAGGUUGCCCGCCUAGCUGCAACCCCUCGUCGGUCCUUGACACUGGCCGAUCUACUCCGCCAUGGCCGCCCACCGUUGUCCAAAGAUGCGCUCCUCGCCUCCGCCAACUUCACCCUUUCCCUUCUUCCAGCGCGACUGGCAUCACGCAUUCAGGCAUUGCGGAAUUUGCCCUUUAUCAUCGUUUCGAACCCUCAUAUGUCCCGCAUCUACCACAACUACCUCCAUUCACUCUCCACUCUCCUCCCCUAUCAACAACGGAAAAUCACCACGUUUGAAGAGGAAAAGCAAUUUGGGGACGUGCUGGCAGAUCUAGUCCAUACGCAUACGAAUACCAUACCCAUUCUAGCGCGCGGAUUUCUCGAAUCCCGAAAGUAUAUCAGCCCCGAAGAUGUGACUCGCUUUUUGGACACCCAUCUGCGCGCACGCAUUGGCACACGUUUGAUCGCAGAGCAGCAUCUCGCUUUACAUAUGACGUCUCAGCCAGUCGUUGAUGAACUUUCGGAGGACCCUCACGAGUCAUCUUCUCGCAAUACCAGUCCGUCAAACUACAUCGGAGUCAUUGAUACGGCUUUAAAACCCGCCCGCAUCAUUCGGUCGUGUGAAGAUUUCGUUAGCGAGAUCUGUGAACUUAAAUAUGGAGUCCGUCCACGCCUGGAAAUCGGCGGUGAGCCCGAUGCCUCGUUUGCCCAUAUCCCUGUCCAUGUGGAGUACAUCAUCACAGAGCUGUUGAAAAAUGCUUUCCGAGCGACCAUCGAGUCCGGCAACGAACGGGAACCUAUCGAGGUGACAAUCGCCUCCGCGCCGGAUGUCCCUGGGAUCGGGCGUCCCUUCCAAGGGGAUAAUGAUGGCAGUUUUGAGCUUGAACCUGCAACCAACGAAGCGGUUGGCCACACAAACCCGUCUUCGCAAAGCAUCACAAUCCGGAUUCGCGACCGAGGCGGAGGUAUUCCACCGGAAGUUUUGCCACAUAUCUGGUCGUACAGCUUCACCACUUUUUCAGACAUGGACUUCGAAAGCUCGGAUAGCGGCAAUCUCCGGGCUCUGGACACAAUCGCUAGCUCGGGGGGCCACAUCAGCAGCAUCGCAGGUCUCGGCUAUGGGUUGCCCCUGAGUCGGGCCUAUGCGGAGUAUUUUGGGGGUAGUAUUGCCAUACAGAGUCUUUGGGGAUGGGGCACGGAUGUCUACUUGACUUUGCAGGGAGUUGGGAAGAUUGACUGA